AUGAUCGCCACGAUCUUGACCGCCGUCUACUGUCCCGGAAGGGUGGGCCUCCACACGCCGGCUCCGCCAGGAUGGCUCAUGGGCCUCUUCAUGGUCAACAUCGCCGGCUGCUACGUCUACCUCGGCCUCACGAUGUGGCUUGCGAUGCACGCCUCGCUCCGGGCGGAGACCUCUGCCACUCACAUGUUGACAAGGUUUGUCCGUCUCCCUAUCCCGGCCAAUUGGAUGCUCGACCGUGCACGUAAGCUGCUGGCUUCGUACGAGGAGCAGAACCUUCGCGAGGUGUUCCGGAUUCCCUUCUUCCGCCACAGGCGCGGCAAUAGCGGCAACGACGAUGACGUCGGAGAUGAGGGCGCGAUCAAGCGCACCCGAGGUGGUGCCGCACAUCUUGGCGACGACGUUCCUGCUUGGUACAAGAAAGAGAAGGCAGUGGACCGCAACUUUGCGCAGGAGACGAUGCCGUUGCAGGCUCGCAGCGGCAGCAACUGCCCGCAGCACUUCGAGGUCUUCCGCGAGAUGCAGCAGGAGUGGUGGCCGUACGACGUGUACGCGCGCCUGAGCCUCUUCCUCGCCUUCAUGCACCUCACCUCGACCUACUGCUUCCACCAGCUCGGGCACCACUUCGCCGAGACGCGCUCCGUGUUCGCGGUCGGGUGCGUCAUCUUGCCGGUGACGAUCUUGCAGCAGCUGAUCUUGACCCUCGACAUCUGCCCGGCGCAGCUCAACGACCGACCCCUACAACUUCCCGUUCCACCGCAUCGUCUCGGCGGCGCCGUGGUUCGCGUACAUCGCCACCGCGCUCGAGUACAAGCGUUGGUACACCGACGCCGGCCUCGCGUGGUCCGCCGUCUUCGCCAUCCUGGCGUACGUCGUCCAGAUCCUGUACACCCUGCAGCUGCUCAGGACCUCGGGAUCUGCGCUCCUGACACGAAGGCGCCCGAGCAGAUGGACUCGCCGGGCGCCGCCUGGUGGCCCGCGUCCUGGUGCAUCCCCAGCAACUUCCAGCACUCCAUCUGGCUCGUGGCACCGCCGAAGUCCCUGAGCACGGGCCUCAACGACUUGGUGGGCGAGAUGCGCGAAGGCACUUCCAACAAGGCGUCGAACAACAAGCCGACCGCCGAGGAGAAGCGCCGCGAUGUCCACACUGCCCUGGGGCCCAAGGGCGAGUCUCCGGCGUGGUUCAACGUGCGGGUUGGGCUCGUGUCAUUGCUCAUCGCAUGGGCCUGGCUGACCAUCGGCUACAUCGUCGAGCUGUCGUUCCAGGGCACCAAGACCCCUGCGCUCAUCAACGCCCCCGGCCUGCCGAACAACCUGCGGGACCCGCGCUACCGCCCAAUCAAGCCAGGCAUGCACGAGGUCGUCGAGGUCGGCACCGGCGGCUGGGUGCACGGCCCCGUGGUCGGCAUCCCCGGGUCGGACGACUCGGGCGGCCACCGCCGGCUGCAGGAGAUGGGCGCCCCGGAGGUGGGCGCGCUGGCGGAGAAGGUCGCGGCCCUGCUCCCCUACCUGGGCCAGAUCGCGCGCGGCGAGCUCCCGCGGGGCGCCGCGGCGGCGCCCCCGCUCGCCGCGGCGGCGGCCCCGCCCCCAGCGCCGCUCCCGCAGGCGCCCGGCGGCUUCUCGCGCGCGCAGAUCCAGUGGCCCGCGCUCUUCGAGCCCCGCCUCGUCGCCAGCGGGCCCCGCGAGGCGCACUCGAGCAUGAUGGCGCUGUCGCGCCACGGCCGUGGGGUCUUCAUCAGUGCGCUCGAGGACCGAACAGGCGGCGACGCGCCCGUUCGCACUCAGCGGCGCCGCCGCAUUCGGGCCCCUGCUGUCGGCCUCCUGGGACGCCUCAGGCCUCCUGCUCACCGUCGCCUCCGGCACGGUCCUCGAGUGCCCCGGCCAGGCCCCGUCCGAGGGCCACUGGGCGUGCGCGCCCGUCCACGGCGCCAAGCUCCCGAUCGGGGCGGGCGGCGCGCCCUUCCGCGGCGCGGUGGCGCUGCAGCGCCACCCCGCCGGCGAGGCGGGCGGGCUGCGCGCGGCGGUGGUUUUCCCCGGCGACUCCUCGGUGACGCUCUUCACGCGCGCGGCGCGCGCGGCGUCGCCGUGGCUCCCCGCCGGGGAGGUCCGCGCCCACAAGGUGCCCGUCUCGGCCUCCUUCGCCGCCGGCAACACCCUGCUGCUGACCUCCGCCGACGGCGCCGUGACCCGCAUGAACAUGCACGAUGGCAGCAUGGUGCACGGGGAGGUCCCCAACUUCGGGGGCGGCCACUCCUGGCACGGCGCGUGCGACCACGCGGGCGGGCGCGUCGCCCGGCUCGCCUCGCGCAGCCUCGGCCCCGGCGGCGCCGAGCCGGUCCUCUUCCUCGGGUGAGAUGUUUCGCCGCUCGGCGGCGCUGGCGCUUAUGCCGCCGCCUUUAG